UUCUGAACAUCGAGGUGAACGUCAGUCUCUUGUGUUUUAUUCGACGAGCUUCGAUCAUAAUCGGUCAGAAUUCAUCUGUAGCACCAAAAUGGGACAAAAAUGUCACAUUUAACCCUUUGCGCUCCAGUGUCGACAUUACCGCGAGCAGAAGAUGAUGCGUCAGGGGCCCGGGGCCGGCAGUGAUUUCUGUGUGGACAGCAGGCCGUCGUGUUUAGCCGAGGACGUGAGACUCUCGCCGAGCCACUUUGAUUUGUGCCCCACCAAGUUCUAUCAGUCUUCUCCUCCUCAGCGCUCACGGCAGAUGUGCUUCGCUUACCUGCCGCCUCCAGCCGCCGCCGUCCUCAAACCCACACCGUGCCGCGAGGAGCCACCGCUGUCCCCGGGGCCCGCCGCCGCUCAGGCCAACGACAAGAGCAGCGAUUCCAAGAAGAAGAGUGCGUCCGGGAGGUCUGGGAAACGCGGGCGUCCGGCGGGCACCACCAAAUCAGCCGGAUACAGAACCAGCACAGGCAGACCUCUGGGCACCACCAGGGCUGCCGGCUUCAAGACCAGUCCGGGGCGGCCGCUGGGCACCACCAAAGCCGCGGGGUAUAAAGUGAGUCCCGGUCGCCCGCCGGGGAGCAUCAGGAGCCAGUUGCGCCUGAGCAAACUGAGCUACAGCGCCUGCAGCGGAGCCGCGUUUCCCUACAGCAUCAUGCACAAACCUGGAGCCUGUGACGCUGCGCUGAAGGAGGAGACAACCACAGAAACGCCAAAAAUGCUGUUUCAAGCUCCGCCGUUCCUCCUCAGCGGCUUCCCCGUAAGAAACCAAAAAACCCCGCCGCCGAUCAGCGUCAUGCCAUCGGAGGCCUUUUCCCUGGCGGCCGUGUGUCCAGACGGCGGUCAGUCGAGAAACGCUCUGCCGGUACCCAUCCACAGCACUCUGCCAUCAUACUCCUGAACUCGUCUGUCACACACACACACACACAGACAGAGGUCACUGGACUCUGCUGACCGUGGCAGGCCGUCUGGCCGUUUCUCCCUCAGCUGAAGCUGUAAAUACGUCUCUGGUGCUCUGUGGUCACUCUGAAUGUCCAUUGCAUGUCAUGUUGGGUUGUUCGUGGGCUCGUUUCUUAAGCUUGAUUUGACACAAUAACGAGUGCAAUAGUUUAAUUGAAGCGUGUUUCUCCCAUUCCAGCACUCCACCAAAGAACUCCAGCAGCUCUCUAUAGCGUGUGCAUGGUCAGGGGUCCGUGACUGGAGAUGUGAUGGAAACAUGACACACGCGCUCUGUAAUUACACAUGUCAAUCACCACACGUCUUGUAAUAGUUCCUUUUGUAUUGUAUUGAUUAUUCUGACUCUGAUGAUUAUUGUUGGUGUGGGAAUGCUGUCAGCAUCUUGUGAACAAGUGAUGUAAAAAUCAUCUUAUGGUUUAAUAUCACGAUGAUUUGAGGUGAGUAGUGCGUAGCCUGUUAGUAGCAAUGUGUGGCAUUAAGAGCAGGUUUAUGUUCAAUAUUUGUUACAUUCAUAUAAUCAGUGAC